AUGAGAACUAAGAGUCAUAAUAAGGCCAAAUCUUUACACACUGUCCAAGAGGUUUCAAACACUAACACAUUUUUUAUCAGUCGAAUCACUCAAAGAUCAUUUAUAAAAAGUAUUAUUCCCCCAUUACAACUUCCUUAAUUACCACAGAUUUAGGUUCCAGCUCCUUUGACUGGAAGAGUUGUAGCAAGAAAAGUGAUUAAGGCUACGUAAUUAAAGACUUAAGAGAGUGUUCAUGAGAAUGAGAUUAAACAAUAGCAAUCAAUAUUCAAGUUGGUUGCUUCAGCGGAAUUUAAAAAUAUCAUUACCGAAGAGAAGUCAAAAAAGGAGGAGGAUAAGAAUUUUACUUUGGAUGGCCCCUUGGAAUUUAAAAAGGAAUGGAGGAACAAAAUCUUUAUGAAGAAUCCCAAUAUUGAAGAGUCUUUUGAUUAAAUUGAUGAAAAUCUGAACAUGAAAAUGUUUCUGAAAAAGAUCAGGUAAAUCAUUACUACUAGUCACAUUCAACAUGAUGACAUUCAUACUAAUGAGAAUAGCUUUUUGUCAGAUAAGUUCAAAACCUAGAUGACGAGUCCUAGAUUUACAUUUACUAAUCAUCUUUCUACGAUUUAGUUUUAGAACUAGGCAACUUAGUUGUAGAAGGCAGGAACAAUCGUAUCUCAAGUCUUGGAGGCCAUCGAAGAGAAGAAUGCUGAGAUUCAACCAUUGCCAUAGAACAAUCGUCGAAAAUUAACUAUAUCUGUAUGUAGUCCAGAGAAUGAAGUUGGAAUAUUCUCUUUCAGUAUACCAGAUUAUGGAUAGCGAUUACAAGAGAAUGAUGAGAUUCAAGAGUACAGCGACAAGCCUAAGCAUGUGUUGAAGUAAGCUUUGCAGUUUGUAAGUAAAUACAAAUUCAUCGUAGAUCACCUCAUAACCCAAGAAAAUGACAACGAAGUUUUCGAAAUCUAUUCUUAAGAUUGUUGGAAUAACUGA